GGUAUGAUUGAAUCUACAACUUCGCAUCAAGAUUUUCAACAACGAUCCAUGACUGGGUAUGCCCUGGAGCAUCCAUCGUACAGGAUUAGAGGCGCACUUUUUAGGCAUCAAGAUGAUGGGAGGCUUCUGUCAGGUUGCGGCGGAGACAUUGAAGUAAUUCAUGCACUAGAACUGGAACGAUCACAACAUACAUGUCUCCCUGUCAGAGUUACAAAUGUCGUGGUGUUCGGAUCAAAUGACGUCGUCCGACUAAUUCAACCAAUUGAAGGAACCGAAGAUGUCAUUGUCAAUGGAGACUACCACGUGUCAAUUGUGCAAUCUGUUGAAUUAUUCGAGAGUUCGACGGUUUCCAAGAGCAGAAUUCUGAAACUACCUGGAAAGAUUAUUGCUGUAAAUGCAGAGAAGCAUUCAAACACUGAGCUUCUUCUAGUAUUUCUUCUAGAGACCGGCAUCUUCCAUUAUUCAUUUUGUGCUCAUACAUCAACACACUUUCAAUGUAUUCAAGCUUUCCGAUGCAAUCGCCCAAUUACCAGUGGACUUCUCUGGAGGGACUCGGGACUUCUCCACGUGGCAUAUUACGAUGGUUUUGUACGGGUUGGAGUGGUUCAUGAGCAGUACGAUGAUAUGCUUCUAGUGAAGAGAGUCGCAGUGAAUCGAAACAAUUUAAGCGUUCUUUUGGAUGUUGUUUUUGAAGAAAUUGGAAGAAUUCAAAAAUUCGAGGAUACUGAAAAACAACGGAGAGAAGAUAUGCUUACUACUUCAAAGAGUUUGUCUGAUAAGUUAGUGGCAGAGGAAGAAGUUGUCGAAGGAGACACUACGAACGACGAUUUUGCCAAAUUGAAGAUUGAGUUCAAGAAUCAAUCUAUUCGCUGUGAACGGGUCUCACAACGUUUGACUUCUCUCCGAAAACUGAUCACAAUAAUAAAAUCCGCACUUGACAUGAAUGAUCAAAUUGAGCAAAUGAUUAGUCUUCUGGUGGAUGAGCUGAGUGAGCUUGAGAAACUUGAACAGUUGUGCAAAGAAGUUGAAAGAACUGGAAAUCAGAAUCUUAUUGGGAAAAGCUGGAUUGCUGUGGAAGAGAAACAAAUGGUAGUGGAAGAACUUAUUGCAAAAGUGAAUAGUGAUCAAAUCAAGAAACAUUCGGAUGUAUGGGAACAGAAAAUUGAUCAGAUAAUCGAUCAAUUAAAUGGUUGCUCAGAAGCAGCAAAGGAUAUGAGAUUGAUUAUUAGUCAGAAUAUAUUUGAGCAUCGAGGUGACAAAAAGGAUGUAUUCACUCAUUUUGUGUUGGAUGCGCAGAGCCGAGAUAUCACUUUAUAUUGUCUUUCGGGUCUUACAACGAUGGCCAUUUAUCCACGCAAGGGGAAACGAGUGGCCUCCAUUUCUUUGGAUGCAUCAUUUGCCACGUGUCUCACUGCGGCCUGUGCAAUGAAAUCCGCUGAAGGUGUCUACGUAGCAGAUCAGAAUAAUGUUUUCCCGACGUAUUUCUACAGAAACCGCCCAAAAGCUGGAAAAGGAGAAAAGAGGUACUUGGAUGCUGGAAAUCAACUUCAACUUCCCACUUUCGACAGUAUUUCUUCGAUUCUCGUUGAACCACAUCAAAUGAUUUUGGGAAGUGUAACUGGAGGUCUUCUACAUUUAUCAUUUGAUUUUGCAUCAAAUUAUGAACAUUUUGUUGUGGCAAGCAGUAUUUUGGCUCAUCCUAUUUCGUCAGGAUCCGUAAAUUGUAUCAAAUUAUUGGCAACUGGGGAAUCCCUUCUAGCACUUCAUUGCACUGACACAGAAAUUGUUGUUUCGGAAAAAGAUCAAGAGAGAUGGCACAGAGUUACACACCAUACAGGUGGUGCACAUGCAAUUGCAGUUACUCCAUUUUCAGUUGAUGAGAGAGGUGCAUUUGCAGUUGUUGCAAGUGAUACUUUUGUUCGAUUGAAGGUUUUGCAGUAUGCUGAAGAAAGCCUUAUCGGUCUUCACGAUCUUGGCGAAUCACGAGCUGAAGAUGAGAAUGGACAUCCGAUAGAAGUACUAAAUGUGUCUCUGGAUCCAAGUAUGCAGUACCGUCAACUUCCAUGUAAACUUCGUUAUGCUGUUGGAUUUGCUGAUAAGGCUAUUCGAACAUACGUGGCACUCCUCACUGGACAACACGAUUUUAAUGUUCAGGAGAAGUUCAUCGCUCAAAUUGAGCCUCUUUUUAAUGUUCAAAAUAUGAUCUGCUUUCACGGUCGACCAAUGGGAUGCUAUGUAAGUUGUGCUAAAACUCUUCAAAUCUGGAAUGAUCUUGAUCGUCAUCAACAAAAGAAACUAAAAAGUGAAAGAAUGCAAUUAUUGAAACUAUCAUCUUCGGUAACCUCAAUGGAAAGAGCUGAAGGAUAUCUACUUCUUGGAUUUGCUGAUGAUCGUCUUUCAAUUUAUGAAGAAAAAGGAAAUGGAGCUGUUGAUUUAGUGGGGACUGUUGAUGAUUGGCACAAGGGAUUGAAUGAUAGAAUUGUUAUGAGUCUACGAACAAGAGCAUCAAAGACUUCAUGUGGCACAAGAUUAUUUAUUCAUUCAUUGACAGCUCAUCACAUUGUUAUUCAUACAGUUCUUGUCACAGCCUCUAAAAUUGAACAGCACGACUUCAUAGUUGCUCACGAACACUCAAUGAGCCAGCCAAUCGGAUUCGAGUUUGUCUCAUACAAGUAUUUUGAAUUUUUAGUUUACGGUCGUGGAAUUUCCAACGAAAAACUUUCAAUUGAAGAUCGUAAGAGAAUGGAUAAUUUCAGAGAUUUUGAAUUUAAUUGAAAAUUUAAUUUAAUUUCGCUCAAUUACACAAUUUCAGUUUUUAGCUUUUUUGGUUAAUUUUUGCAUUUUGCAUCGGGUCAUUGUGUGGGAUCACAAACGUGUAUUUAAGAAAAUUCUAAUCGCAUUUUGAGUUCAGUUGUGAUAAUUUUCAGUGCCUUUUUUUAAUUUUUUAUUUGUUUUGUUUUUCUGAAAUAAAAUUAUUAUUUU